CCCAUGUGCUUAUUUUAUUACCUAAUUAUUUCUGUGUGCUUAGUUUUGUCUAUCUCAAUUAAGUGUUCUCCACCUUUUGGUUUGCUUAGGUUCUCUCAUGCUGGGUUUCAGACAAGAAAAUAAGGUUAACAGUUGCUCUUUCCAGCAGGAGUUCACAGCUUUGUUGGUUCUUUUAGCUCUAGCCUUCUGAAUGCAUGUCUGCUUUCCAGUCUUGGCUACUUCUUGGUUUUCCGGUUUUUCCAAAUCGUUGUCGGGUACUGGGAGCAGUAACAGAUGGCAAUUCGGUUGGUGCGUUUUCAUGGUGUAUAAGUGAAUGUGCUGUUGAUAUGCAGAAGCUAAAGAUUGUUUAAAUAUGCUUAGACUAGAGAGAAUUGCCAUCGGUUCAAUCUUGAUUGGAUUCUUGUUCUUGUCAGUUGCGUGCUCGAAGAUUCCAUUAGGUUCCAGGCUGUCUGGGGGUAACGGUUUCUGGGCCUCCGAAAAUGGGGAUUUUGCGAUUGGGUUCUUUAAGUAUUGUGGUCAGUAUAGUGUUGGAAUAAAAUUCAAUUCGAGUUCUGUUCCGGACUGUGAACAGACGGUUGUUUGGUUUGCGGGAGCUAGUAGGAGGGUAGGGAGUAAUUCGUAUUUUGAGCUAACUGGACGAGGGGAAUUGGUGUUGUUUGAUUCUGCUAGUAGGCAGAUUGUUUGGACGAGCAAUACUAGCAAUGCGGAUGUGGAAUCUGCAGUUCUUGGCAACGAUGGUAACCUCGUCCUGCUAGAUCGAUCCACGAAUGUUGUUUGGCAGAGUUUCAGUUAUCCAUCCGACACGCUUCUCCCGGGCCAGAAUUUAUCAGCUGGCAGUGUGCUCCGAGCUACGAGCAGGAACUCGGUGGCGAGCGUUUACACUCUUUCAAUGGAUGUUUCGGGGCAGUUACAGCUUCGGUGGGAAACCAGUGUCGUUUACUGGACCAAAGGGAGCCCUUCUGAUUUAGCUGUUCGGGCGAUUCUUAGCAGUGAUGGGAUCCUUCAACUUCUCGACCGAGGGUCUAAAUCUGUUUGGUCUGUUUAUGGUGAAGACCAUGGCGAUUCGGAUGUGAAGUUUCGGUUUCUUAGGCUAGAUUCUGACGGGAACCUCCGGUUGUACUCGUGGGCGAAUGGUUCGAGAUCGUGGGUGCCCGUUUGGCAGGCUUUUGAUAAUCAGUGUGGCGUUUUCGCCACUUGUGGGCUUCGUGGCAUAUGUGUCUACAAUGCAUCAGGCUCCCAUAUUUGCAAAUGCCCUUUUGCAUCUCCUGGCAACUCUUCCUCGGAUUGCUUGAUCCCGUAUGACCCGAAUUGUGCUUCGAACUAUUCCAUUUUGAGGUACAAUAACAUGUUCUUGUACGGGAUCUACCCCCCGAACGAGACAGUCGUACAAACGAGCCUGCAGAGGUGCUGGCGUCUGUGUGACGAAGAUCCACAAUGCCACGCCGUGUCGUUCAUAAACAACGGGAGUGCCCAGUGCAGACUUAAAACGACUCAAUACGUUAGCGGUUGGUCAGACACUUCCUCGGGUUCCAUUUCUUUGGUCAAGACCUGCUCAGACCCUAUGGCUGUUUAUCCCUCUCCUAUCCCCGUUGUAUCGAAUUCAAACCCGGAAAUCUGUUUGGUUUGCGUGAUAGAAGUUUCUAUAGCUUCGUGUAUCGCGUUUAUCCUGAUUCAGUUCGGGAUUGGUGUUUACAUACACAGGAGAAGAAGAUACAUUGCGAUUAAAUCCGCUUCUGCAUAUUCGGUGCCUAAUGCUAGUGGCUGUACCAUGCUGUCCUACUCCGAGAUCAAGGCCUUGACAGAGAAUUUCAACGACCCAAUCGGGGCAAACAUGUUCAAAGGUGUUCUUUCAGAUGGGAGGUUCGUCGCGGUUAAACAUUUGGAUGGCUCGAUAGAAGAAAGGAAGUUCCGAAGUGCUGUUCUAAAAAUCGGAACCAUUUGCCACAAAAGCCUCGUGAAGCUCGAGGCCUACUGCUGUGAGUCGGGUUACAGGUUCUUGGUGUACGAGUACGCCAAGAAUGGCUCCCUGGAUAAGUGUUUAGAAGAUCCCGGGAUUUGCAGGAGCCUGACAUGGGCGAAACGGGUAAACAUAUGCCUAACGGUAGCGAGGGCGAUGUACUAUUUGCACACGGGGUGCAGAGAGUUUAUUAGUCACGGAAACCUGAAAUGCCAAAACGUGGUAUUGGACGAUGAACUGGGAGCUAAGGUGAGCGAGUUUGGUUUAAGGGUACUUCUUCGCGGGGAACCCAACAACGAGGAGGGUCCGGGAGAGACAGACGUGCGAGAUCUUGGUAGGAUGAUGGUGGUUUUGAUCACCGGAUGCCAAGAUGCAGACGAGGCUUGCAAAUGGGCAUAUGAGAGAUGGGUGAGAGGCGAAUCGGAGGUAGUGACUGAUAAGCGAAUGGAAGGUGGAGUCAAUUUAGACGAGGUGGAGUGUAUGCUAAGGCUUGUGUUUUGGUGCGUGCAAGGGGACGAGCGAAUGAGGCCUUCAAUGGGCGAGGUCGUGGAGGUAUUAGAGGGUAGACUACCCGUCGAUCCGCCUCCUCCUCUUUACUGUCACCACAAUCAAACGUCGCCUGAAGACGAGCAAACAUCCACCCCAUCAUCCACUUCGGGCUUGUAAUCUGAUUCCCAAUUUGGUUCAAAUAUAUAUAUUUGUCAUUGAACUUUAUUUGUCAUGUAUAGUAGAGCUAACUGUGAAGCACCAUGUAGAAUACAAUACCCAGUUUUAGCACUUGAGCCACUGGCCAUUUUUAACUUUAGAAUUAGGCCAUUCUGCUGCAUCCUUUCCCCAUCUGAACUGUAAUUUAAGUGCAGUCUGAUAUAUGCAUUCUUGAAAUA